AUGCCUGGUGUUCCACCCGACGCUCUUGACCAGGUCAAGAAGGGCUUCAAGCGGUUCUUCAGCCUUCGUAAGAAGGCCGCUAAGAAGACAACCGAACAGAAGGCUGAACCGGCCCCUGCUGCGACUGCUGCCCCUGUCGCUGCUGCGGCAGCCAGUGAGACGCCUGCCGCGAAACCCACCGCCCCCGCUGCAACCCCGGACUCUGCCCCAGAUGCUGCUAAAGUGCCUGAGGCAAAGGAUGCGAGCACGGCGGAGCCUGCCGCCUCCUCUGAGAUGACGGCUACCGCCGGCCCUGUUGAGACUCAUUACGAGCCUGAGGCUACCACUGCUACGCCAGCACCUGAACCUGCUGUACAGGCUGAAGCCCCUGCCGCUAAGGCCGAGGCCCCUGCUGCUGCGCCUGAACCUGCUGUGCAGCCCGAGGCGGCCGUUGCUAAGCCUGAGGAGCCUGUUUCUAAGCUUGAGGAAUCUGCUGUCAAGCCCGAGGAGCCCGUCGCGAAGACCGAGGCCCCUGCUGCCGAGGAAUCCGCUGCUAAGGUCGAAGAGCCGGCUGUUCAACCCGAGGCCACUGCUGCUGCGCCUGAGGAAGCUGCCGCUAAGACU